GCAGUCAAUGAUUUUAAGUGAGGGCGAGUGGUUUUGCAAGAAUAAUAAUAAAAAAGGAAUAUUUUAAAAUGAAGGUUUUGGCGAUUCUCGUACUUUUCUUCUUAGCAGUUACAUCCGAUGGCGAUGUUGAAACAAAAUUGGAUAUUUUGGAAAAUAAGAAAACUGAAGGUUUUGAAGUUCCAACCGCUGCGAUGACAGCAAGUAUGAACGCUUACACUGAUUUGAUAAUGAUUCAGGUCGGUCCAUGGAUUCUUCGAAGUGGUUUGAUACCCAUGCCCUUACCUGACUUUGAAGAGUUCAUUGAGUAUCGUCCAAUUUUUGUGACUUAUACUGGUUGGUUGUGGUUGACAAAUGGAGCCAUGACUCGUCUCGUAUCUGUUGCUCGAGGUGGAAAUACUUUCAUGACUUAUGAUCGCAACUUGAUGCGAAUUCAGCAGUCAGCUAGCAUUAGACAAAUUGGCUUCAGAUAUGAUUACUCGGCUGAGAUCAUGGGCAUUGGACCAACAGGAUGGCUUGAAGGCAGCACCGACCAAUUCACAAUGAACUGCGAUUUUGUCAUCAAUUUAGAUACCUUCAUGAUAACAUUACAUGAUUUUAGAGUUCAAAGUAUUGGCUUGGUUACAAUUGUCAUGCGAGGAAAUCCAUUAAUCGAUUGGUUGUCUAACUUAAUUGUGAAUACAGUGACGCUCUUGUUCCGUGGACCGAUUGCUGAUGUCAUUUCACUUCGUUUCAAAGAAUUCCUGCAAGAAACAAUUGAUGACAUGAACAAUCGUCGUUUUGCUGCUACUCACAGCAUAACAGAGAUCGAAAAGAUUUUGCAAAAUGCUAUGUCAUUAAAUGGAUUAGCAACGCCAUUAAAUUAAGAAUUAACAUUGCAAGUAAAAGCAACUUCGAUGACCUUUUUCUAAUGCAUUUGCUACUUAAAUAAGUUAAUAAAGAGUAUCAAGAUAAUUGAAGGUUUUUCAACUUGCAUACUACAAGAUUAAUUUUUUAAAUUGACAUCCUUUUUACACCUUUUUUAAUCAGGGAAAAUUAUGUUAAGCUUGAAUGUCUAUAUUGGAAUUUUCGUCGAA